UCACGUUGAAUUCAUUUUCCAAGUAUUACUUACCAAUUUUGGAAAAUUCAUAGCUCAACAUUUGAUAAACCUCUUUUAAUACUUGUACUACUACCAAUCAACACACCUUGAAUUUCGUAGCAGCAAAAAAGAACGGUCUAGAUUUGAUGCUGUAUGGCUUUUACUCCUCUGUUUCUUUCACAGUAUCUAAUUUUAUUCAUUUUUUUUCACAUUAUCAAUUUAAUCAAACACAGAACAUUUAAAAAUAUACUGUACCAUUGAAGUGAAGAAUAUAUAUUAUUGGCAGGAGAGAAAUUAUUAUUCAUUUAUACCCAGAAAAAAAGGGGUGAUCUUUUUGCAAAUGGGGAAGAGAAAAUCUCGAGUUUUAACUAAGAAUGAUGAUGAUGAUGAUACUAAAUCACCCAAUUCAGAAAUAUAUGAAGAUGGUCCUGUAACAUAUUACUGUGAUGUCAAUACCGGGGUGAUGUAUAGAAAGGAUGCGGAAGCAUCAAAGGAGAGACUUGAACCGUGUCUCAUAAAAUCAAAGAGCAGAGGUAGACAGAUAUCUGGAAAGCGCUCAAAGAUGGGUAGUUGUACAUUUGAUGAAAACUUGGAGACUAUUUGGAGGAGUUUUUCUGAAGACAAGAGGGCUGCAUUUGCUCACUUGGAUAGCUUUUAUUAUUUGAUUUAUAAAUCCAGAAGAACUCGUGCUUUGGAAUUGAUAAAAAAGAAGCACAUUUUCUCAAAGAAGUAUGUUUUGUUUCCCAUUGUUUGCUGGGAUCACUGGAGACUAGUGAUUUUCUGCCAUUUUGGUGAGGCUGUUAGCUCUAAAACCAGAAGCAGGUGCAUCUUAUUGCUCGAUUCUGCUGAGACGAGUGCAGAUGUUAUUGGACCUGUUGUGAGGAAGCUUGUCUUCGAUAUAUUUAAGGCUGAGGGUCGACCUGAAACCAAAAAUGACAUAUACCAAAUACCUCUGAAGAUGCCUAAGGUUCCCCAACAGACAAAUGACUUCGACUGUGGCAGAUUUGUUCUGUUCUUCAUCAAACUGUUUAUGGAUGCUGCUCCUGAAAACUUUAGCCUUUCAGAUGGUUACCCUUACUUUCUGACAUCUGAGUGGUUCCGUCCUGAGCAUUUUGAUACGUUUUGUAACAAACUUGAAGAGGACAUACCCACACCAGAACAAGGAGUAGAACAAGUUCCAAGAAGAAUUUCGCAAAGGAUCACUGCACAACAAACUUUUCAACAACAUUCACAAACAUCUUAUCAACCAAACAAAGAUGUGGUCUUAAUCAUCGACUGAUGCAGUUGAUAUCAUUCCUUAUAGGCUGGUUGACGUUUUUGCAUUAAUCGAAGGUGUUUAUGAACAGAUUAUAAUUAACUUGAAGGUUUUUUUUGAGGUGUAUAUAGUUUAUAAGAGUGCAAAAUAUUCCAUAAGACUUGGAGCAAUGGAAGAAGUUAUGUAGCUUCAUUUAGAAUUAUUAUUAUCAUUAUUAGCUGCAGAAUGUUUCAAAGGUUGGCGCUUAGGGGGAGUGACGAGUAAUUAUGUUUUUGAAGUCGCGCUUAUGAACAUUUAGCAUGUAUGUAGUGAGUACAUCGUACUACUAAUAAAACUUUUGUAAUUCUUCACUCCUUUUUUUAUUUGAAACUGAAACGUAUUCCUUUUGUGAAGUUGUAAAAUAAAUUUCAUUUCAUUAGAUUUAUCGAUCUAUCUCUAUUGUUGUUAAAACCCGUGUGCAAUUAAAAGUAGACAGAAAUUAAGAACAGUAAAAAUGCAACUGAUCUGCAGUAUUCUUUAGAAGAGUAACAAUGGAAAAAAAAAAAAAAAAAAAAAAAAAAAAGAGCAAAUAAUUGUUCGCGUCAGGUAGGGGUCGAACCUACGACCUUCUGCUUAGGAAACAGACGUUUUUGUUGUGUGAUAAAGCUUUUGUCCAUGAUUUAUAUUAUUAAAAGUCACACAACUAUAAAACCAGAAAAGUAUAGUCUUGGUAUAAGGUCAGAAAAAUUACACUCACCCGAAAAAAAAAUUCACAUAAAUUGAAGCCAUUGUCCUAAAUUUACUAAUCCGUAAUGUACAACAUUUGCAAAAAGUACUUUUCACUUGGUAUAUAAAUAUAAUGCGAAUAUAGAAAAAACGCAAUAAGAAUUAUCGUAAAAUUAACCUAAAAAAAAAAAACUAACUCUAUAACAAUUCCAACUAUUUCCAUGCAAAAGAGAAAAAGAAAAGAAGCAAAGAAGAUAGAAUUAUAGGAAGAAGAGGAAAGGGAAGGUAUUCAGCCAACCACUUAGGGCCUGUUUUCUUCGGCUUAAAUUCUGUAUUUUAGAUCAGUUCAGUUCAAUUCAGCUCCUAAUUUCGUUUUCUCAUAAACAAUUCAUUUCAUCUCUAUUAAGUUCA